CAGGCUGGCUACUGCCAAGGCACCAUCUGUGUCGACAGGAUUCAAAACUUCGAGUGCCCCAAGCAGUGCCCCACAGACGGAACUUGCGCUCUCAAAGUCCCUUGCUGA